AUGGAGAUUUCUUCCCACCAGUUUCACCUCCUGGAGCAACUCAAUGAGCAGCGCAGGCAAGAUUUAUUCUGUGACUGCAGCAUCCUGGUGGAGGGAAAGGUCUUCAAGGCACACCGCAAUGUGCUCUUUGCCAGCAGUGGCUACUUCAAGAUGCUCCUUUCCCAGGACUCCAAGGAGACAACUCAACCCACCACAGCUACUUUCCAGGCGUUUUCUCCUGACACGUUCACUGUUAUUCUAGAUUUUGUGUAUUCGGGCAAACUGUCCCUCACUGGUCAGAAUGUCAUCGAAGUGAUGUCGGCUGCCAGCUACCUGCAGAUGACUGAUGUUAUCAGUGUGUGUAAGACCUUCAUCAAGUCCUCCCUGGACAUCAGUGAGAAGGAGAAGGAUAGGUACUUCAGCCUCUCGGACAAAGACGUCAGCUCCAACGGCGUGGACCGGUCCUGCUUGUACAGCACAGGCUGGAGGGCAGAGAGCAGCCCCCCACGCCCCCACCUGAGUCCCGACCAAGGCACCUGUAUGAUGGGUGGAAACGCCUGGAGCAAUUUCAGCUACUACCCAACCUCUCAGAGAAACGCUCAGCAGCAGCUGUCCAAACAUGAGCAGCGGCAGGAUUCCAUGAAGAAAUCCCGGCAUCUGGGACUGCAGCAACCUUCUGACAUCCCUCACUAUAAAUCCAGCAAACUGGAGGACAGGGCUGCUGAGCCCACCAGCCACAUGGCGCAGCCUGAGGAGCAGGUGCCGAUCGAAGCUGAAGUUGAAUCUCCUCACGUGGGCUACCAGUACGGCCAAGGGGCUGACAUGAUGCCCAGGAGCUUGGCUGUGGCACAGCAGGAGCAUGAAUCACCUCGUUCUUCUAGUAAAUCCAAGUCCUCAAAAGCAGAUGAGCAGUACACGAGCAUGCCCUCGAUUCUGGGUGUGAUGGGCAGCUGGGCUGAAGAUGAUCUGCCCAGGAUGAGGUUCAAGUGCCCCUUCUGCACUCACGUGGUGAAAAGGAAGGCGGACCUGAAGCGGCACCUGCGGUGCCACACGGGGGAGCGGCCGUACCCCUGCGAGGCAUGUGGGAAACGCUUUAGCAGGCUAGAUCACCUAAGUAGCCAUUUCCGAACAAUCCAUCAGGCUUGCAAACCUAUCUGCAGGAAAUGCAAACGCCACGUGACUGAGCUCACGGGACAAGUGGUCCAGGAGGGGACCAGACGUUACAGACUCUGCAACGAGUGCUUGGCUGAGGCUGGCAUAGACAGUAUUCGCAUUGACUUGGAGGCUGAAGCACCCCUGGAGUUCCCACAGGAUGGAGAUAAAGAUUCCAGGUGGCACUAUGGGGAAGACAACAAAUCUGACGUGGAGAUUGUGGAGGAUGGGUCAACUGACUUGGUCAUUCAGCAAGUUGAUGACAGCGAGGACGAAGCAGAUGAAAAGGAAGUAAAACCCAACAUUAGGUAGUGGCAAGAGGAGAAUUA